UUGUCUGUGUAAUUAUGACGUCGAAUCCAGAGUACCACGCGGUCGAAUCAGUUGGUGCAAGUCGUUAACCGAUCCGGUGCAGUUCGCGCAGGUUCUAUGCGUUCGCAACGUUUCGUCCCGUGCCUGUAAGAAAGGGGGUUGAAUUUUUCGCGUACGUCGUCGCCUAGAAUAAGACAAAUGCAAAAUGUACGGAUUAAUAAUAGAAAACAUGGCGGAAUACAUCAAGCAAACGUACGGCGAGGACAAGUGGGAGGAAAUCAGACGCGCGGCUCAGGUAGACCAGCCAAGUUUCAGCACGCACCAAGUGUAUCCAGAGGGGCUCAUACCGAGACUCUCGAAGAAGGCCGUUCAGAUACUGAAGGUGAGCGAGAAGGAUUUUUUCGACCAGAUGGGCGUCUUCUUCAUAGGUUUCAUCAGUCAGUACGGCUAUGACAGAGUGCUGUCCGUUCUGGGGCGGCAUAUGCGCGAUUUCCUCAACGGCCUCGAUAAUCUGCACGAGUACUUGAAGUUUUCCUAUCCGCGAAUGAGGGCGCCUAGUUUCAUUUGCGAGAAUGAAACAAAACACGGUCUGACCCUUCACUAUCGCAGCAAACGGAGGGGAUUCGUCUACUACACGAUGGGGCAGAUCAGAGAGGUGGCCCGGCAUUUUUACCACAAAGACAUGAAAAUCGAGCUCGUGCGGGAGGAGUUGCUGUUCGACAUGGUCCACGUGACUUUUCAGCUGACGUUCGACAAUCGCGCGUUCACCCUCGCCUCCCUGACGAUGACUAGGGAGGAGAAACACUUGCCGAUAAGCGCGUCGGUGUUGUUCGAGAUAUUUCCGUUUUGCAUCGUAUUCGGAUCGGACAUGAUCGUUCGCAGCAUCGGCAACUCACUGAUGGUGAUAAUGCCCGACCUGUUGGGCAAAAAGAUCACCAAUUGGUUCGACCUGGUCAGGCCGCUCACUGCUUUUAAGUUUAGCUCGAUAUUAAACCGCACGAAUAACAUAUUCGAAUUGGUAACAGUUGAACCCAUCCUUAACGAUAAACCAUCAAACGGGCGCAGAGAACUGAUACUUAGCGACGAAAUGACAGACUCGUUCCUAGAAGAGAAAAGUCUCAGGCUAAAAGGUCAGAUGAUCUACAUGGACAACUGGAAAAUGAUGAUGUACCUCGGUACGCCGGUCAUGCCCGACCUUAACUCACUCAUUAACUCUGGAUUGUACAUAAACGAUCUAUCAAUGCACGAUUUCAGUCGCGACCUAAUGCUGGCCGGUACCCAGCAAUCGGUCGAAUUGAAACUGGCCCUCGAUCAGGAACAACAGAAGAGCAAAAAGCUGGAGGAAUCGAUGAGGAAAUUGGACGAGGAGAUGAGGAGAACGGACGAGCUGCUCUACCAGAUGAUACCUAAACAGGUGGCGGAUCGACUGAGGAAGGGUGAGAAUCCCAUCGACACCUGCGAGAUGUUCGAUAGCGUGUCGAUACUCUUCUCCGACGUCGUCACCUUCACAGAGAUCUGUAGCCGGAUAACCCCGAUGGAGGUGGUGUCUAUGUUGAACGGCAUGUAUUCAAUCUUCGACCGAUUGACGGAACGUAACAGGGUGUACAAAGUGGAGACUAUUGGGGACGCUUACAUGGUGGUAAGCGGGGCGCCGGCCAAAGAAGGCAAUCACGCGGAGAGGGUGUGCGACAUGGCUUUGGACAUGGUCGACGCCAUUACCGAUCUGAAGGACCCCUCCACAGGGCACCAUCUACGUAUAAGGGUUGGUGUCCACUCGGGGGCAGUUGUAGCGGGUAUCGUGGGUCUGAAAAUGCCGCGGUACUGCCUAUUCGGCGACAGCGUCAACACGGCUUCGCGUAUGGAAUCCAGCAGCGAAGCCAUGAAAAUACAUAUCUCUCAGUACACCAAAGAGUGUCUGCCGUCGUCCUACAGGGUGCAGGAACGCGGAGAGAUUCAGAUUAAAGGCAAGGGUACCAUGAAGACGUACUGGCUACUUGGCCGCGAUUGCAGGACCCCAGUACCUAGGCUUGCGCGCGAUGUCAAGUGCGCGUCGCAGGAAGCGAUCGCUGUUAGCAGGACAUCGCUCACCGCCAGCCCUAAAGAAUUCGGUCGUACGGUAGCGUACUCGCCCAUCACUUUCCAAGAUGUCGCCCGGCGCAGUAUAGCGAGCUCGCCGAUUAAGUCAUCGAUAUCGAGCAGAGAUUUUAGGUCAAAUUCCGCCGGUCCCGGAUGUCCUCUCUGGGACCCGGACAUCGUAUUCGGCUCGCCCGUUUCCCUGCGCGAAGAUAUCGAAGAUCGAGAAGACGAUGACGACGAUGUCGACGACUUCGUAAUGAAUCCGCAAGGCAUCGUCGAUCCCGCCUGCGCACCCGGUAUACUGGUAAGGAGAUCGACGGACGGUAACUAUCUCCUAAAGCCUCCCGAUGGGUUGGCGAUGAAGAAGGUUGAAAUUGGUGGCGUAGAGAACGUGGGUGAACAGACAGAGCCGAGGACGGAGCCCGAGUUCGGGAUCUCGAUGUACAAGUACGCGAAGAGGCUGCACAAGAAACGCGAUUGUCUUCAUCGCAAGGACUUGUCCGAAUCCAAGAGUGACGGCGACCUCAAGAGAAAAGAUGUGGCGAAAGUGGGAGUCCCAUACAGCAAGAGUCAGCAACACUUUGACAAGACCGCGCAGAAACAUCAACAGUGCUGCUCGGGUUUCAGUCCCGCGCAGAGGCACAGACUGCCGCACAAUAACUGCGCGAUCAUUUAGGCGAAACGGAUGUGAACGUAUUUUGAACCCCGUAGAGACCAUCACCGACGAUAAUCGAACAGAAAACAAUAAUACUCCCCGCUCUGUCACUUGUGUUUAGUCAAUAAUUCUACUUUGACACCCGGCGGGCUUCCCAUCCCUCGUCACAUUCGUUCUUGCUCACAAAAAUUAAGAAGGCGUUAAAUGUUUGAUUAUUAUUAUUAUUAACGUCUUUAUUCAUCAUAAAUUACAAAGGAAAAACAAAAGAAACAAUGGAAAAUAUAACAAUUGCAUUACAUGCUGGAAUGGACGUUUUUAAGCUUAACCUAACCGGAACAACAAUAAUUUAUACUAAAUCCUAAAUAAAAACAACAUUGAUAUGUAAUUACGGAAUGUUACCUGCAGAUAACAACUGAUCCUUGAGUCUCUUUUUAAAAGUUUUGAUCGAACAUUUAAGUGACCCAGCUUCAUAUCGAAAAAAAGAAAAAAAAAAAAAUAAACAAGCACUAAAAGGUGGACAGAGAGAAAGGAAUUAAUCUUUGUGUGAAGGGACUUUUCUCUGUUGGGGAUUGUUGGCCGAAGUCAGUCUAGUAACUCUUCCUAUGCCAAAAGUUGAUCCCCUGUCUUUCUCUACACCUAUACAACUUGCUGCUUUAGGGUAUCUAUCCCAGACUCUUCCUCAAACACUCUAUUCGUCGUCUACAUCAUCUUUAAAAUAAUCUUCCUUCGAGUAUUUUGUCGUUGGAGUGGGGAUGGACUUGAGUUACGAUAAAGGGAUUGUGUGUGAGAAUGAAUGGGUAUUGUUUAAGGUUUUUAGUGCCUCAACUGUUAAUUCCUGAUUAUUCACCACUAGUUUGUUCUUUCGCAUCUUUGCGCUAAAUUAUUUCGAUUUAGCAAGGUUUGAAAAUUCAUAUAGAAUUUUAUUUUCCUCUCUUUUCUUGUGUCAGAUCUUGUCACACUUAUGACAGCAUUUUUCAAUUUUCUCGCAUUUUUAAGUACAUAUUGUUUACUUAGUUCACUGAUAAACUUUCCUAUAACUUGUCUGUAUUUCCCAUGUUUCCUUUCAUCAAUUUUAAAGAAAUUAUCAAGAUCACCGAUUUUUAUGCUAACGUCUAGCCUAUUAUUGAAAACAUCCAGCAAAACUUCUUUUAGUGGUACACUUUCUUCCUCAGAAAGCCCAAAUACAAGAAUGUUUUUCCUCUUUGAUAUCUUGAAAUGCAAUUUUUUGUUUAAGCUUAAUAUUUGCCGCUUGGAGGGCUUCCACUGAAGUUUUUCAAGUCAGAAAAACCUACCUUGAAACAUGCACGUUCCCUGCUUUAUAUUUCCUACACUGUUUCUGAUUUUUUGAAACAGCUCAAAAAUGUUUUCCUUCGUAACGGAGCCCAUGAUAUUACGGCAGCAGCACAGUCUAGUAAGUAACCAAAACUGUGGCCACGCCUCGAACGCAAGCGUACCGUGUUUUGUUAUUUAAACCGACAAAAUGUUGACUUGAUAAUUCUAUAACCACCAUUCUUUUUGCAACCAAUCGACUUACCUGACCACCAACACAUUCGCUUAUUUCUUCAGUCGCCUUACAUUAGUAGUACGACAAUUCCAACGACAAACCAUCCACUUUAAAUCACUAGAAUUUGAAAAGUUUCGAGAGCAACUCCCGAACGAUAUAUAUUGCCACUUGCCUCUAAAUUUACGAUCGUGGUCCAAUGUUGUUGUUGUGCUGUUGUUCUGUUAUUCUGUUGUGACUGAGUAUAAAAAUACGUAUUUAUACUAUUAUUUGAAACCACAUACAUGGAAAAGAGGUUGGAUUGGAUUGGAUUUACUUCUAAUGGGCACGACUACAAUGGGUCAAACAUCCGGAAACCGUGUUAACUCACACAUCAUGUAAUAACAUAUCACAAAUCCAUAAACAUCCGCAUAAGACGAACACUAUUUCCAAAAUUUAUAAGCACUGCGCCUUGAUCACUUCAGAUAACAAAUACACACAACAGAAUUUAACAUUAAACGACACUAAUUUCAAAUAAUUUCUACAGUUUUUGGAACCGGGCAGGAGCAACGUUCGCCACGUGCAAUGGUUCGUUUCCGACCCGGAAAAGAGGUUACAUCUUGGCAGUCAACCAUUUAACGUCUUUCUUCUUCUUUACUUCUAUUGGCCAGACCUGCUAGGAUCAAACGGUCAGUUUACAACUGUGGUUCAACUUUGACACAAGUUAGAUUCACAAUAUCGGAUCGACACAUUUACUGGAACUUGUUGGCAAAAACAAAUAAACUCUGUUCACUUUGUGGAUGGCAUUGCGUAUGACUGGUCGUUCCUUGUUGACUCCCUGCAGAUUCUGCUGUUUGCGAUAGAUAUCUCUUGGUAUCAGUUCUAAUUGCGAUUGUAGUCUAGGUUUUGAGUGUUUACAGCCCCGCUAUUUUCGUUGUUUGCCCCGGUUGGAAACCGGAUAGACCGGCAGAACUGGGAAAGUUUUUUUUUUGUAUGAGAAGCCAAGUAAAUGCCGAUAAAUACAUUAGCAAAUUCAGAAGUUCUGAGUUCCAUUCCAAUUUUAUUGACACCGUUCCUGUUAAACUUUUCAAUUCGCUCGCUCAAUUUUAGCAUGAUGAAAUAACUUGCCCAUGUCCAUAGGGUGAAUAUUCCCUACCUUCUCCACCAUACCCUCCAAGAUGACAAGGAAUGGACCUUUAUCUUUAAGUAAAUGUCUGGUCUUGCUAUUCACAGUUCGCCUAAUUUUUGCAGUAAUCCUUCCCACUUCUGGAUUAACUUGGAUGCCCUCGGGAAACUGAGAUUUAAUUAAAUUAAUUUCUUGGUUCAGGAGAUGAAGCUUUUCGUUACAUGGCACGUCAAAGUACUACACUUGAAAUAAAGCAGCUAUAAAAAAUGAUUCACCUUGAAGGAUCGCAAUAACGAACAAAGUUCCUUGAUAAUUUUUUGUUUAGCUGCGUUUCUGUUAUUUUUACGUGACGAAUGCCGCAGAAUCAUUUUAAAUAAAUAGCGUUUUGUCGUUGUUUAACUUUUAAGACGAAAUGCACACUUCCGGGCGCCAAAGUAAAAUUGGCGCUUAUAGACACAAGUAGCGUUGCUCUAUAUCUAGGAGGCGGUUGUGAUUGUGUUUGAGAGAAUCGGGCGAGGCUGAUUCUUAGAAAAAUGUUAUUUUUCCAUGUAUAGUUUAGUGAAUAAUAUGUUGAUUAAAUAUCAAACGAAUUUAAAUGCCCGAGUUUUAUUAUGGGUACCUUCAAUCGCGAUGGCGAUAAGCGCAGAUUUAUGGCGGCUAUGAACAGCCUUCGCUAAAAUGAAGAAGUAAGUCAAUGCGGUAUUUGUAGUUAGUUUGUGUAGAUUAUGAUGCAUCGCAUUAGAAAAUAAGUUUUUUACCAUUUAACAUUUCUAAUUAAAAACUGGCACAUUGUAUGCAGGUAUUUACAUACUAUUUACGUAAUCGUUUUUCGAA